CGCCUGCAGCCAGGCGGCUGGGCGCCGGGGGACCGGGCAGAGCCCGGGAAGCUUCUGGGGGGCUAUGGCCGCGCCGAGCCCGGGGCCCCGCGAGGUGCUGGCCCCCUCCCCAGAAGCUGGAGGCAGAGCAGCCACCUGGAGCUCUCGCCACCGUGGCCUCCUCUGGCGUCUGCGAGACAGGCAGGUGCGCCUGGGCCUGUUUGAGAUCGACCCGGGGCAUGAACUGCACCGGCUGACGUGUAUGAUGCAGGCAGGGCUGUGGGCUGCCACCCAGGUUUCCAUGGACCACCCGCCCACGGGGCUGCCCAGCGAGGAGGAUUUCUCCGAGGUUCUGACCCAGGCCCACGAGGGCUUCGAGCUGGGCACCCUAGCAGGUCCCGCCUUCGCCCGGCUUCGCCGCUCCCUAGGCCUGGCCGAGGAGGACUAUCAGGCCGCGCUGGGCCCAGGUGGCCCCUACCUGCAGUUUCUCAGCACCUCCAAGAGCAAGGCCAGCUUCUUCUUGUCCCACGACCAGCGCUUCUUCCUGAAGACCCAGCGGCGCCGGGAGGUGCGGGCGCUGCUCGCCCACCUGCCCCGUUACGUGCGGCACCUGCAGCGUCACCCGCACUCGCUGCUUGCGCGGCUGCUGGGCGUGCACAGUCUGCGGGUGGCCGGGGGAAAGAAGAAAUACUUCAUCAUUAUGCAGAGCGUCUUCUAUCCCGCGGGCCGCAUCUCUGAGAGGUAUGACAUUAAGGGCUGUGAGGUGAGCCGAUGGGUGGAACCGGCCCCUGAGGGCAGCCACCUCCUUCUGGUGCUAAAGGACCUCAACUUUCAGGGCAAGACCAUCAAGCUGGGGACAGAUGCGUGUGGCAUCUUCGGCACCCUGCCUGGCACAGGAUGCACACUCAGGGGGGCCACUGAUGCUCCCGCAGGGCCCCAGCGGACCUGGCUCCUGCGCCAGAUGGAACUGGACACCGCCUUUCUCCAGGAGCUCAACGUGCUGGAUUACAGCCUCCUGAUGGCCUCCCAGCACCUCCACGAAGAUGAGAGGGGCCGGGGCAGCAGCCUCAUCUUCUGCACAGCCAGAUCUAUGCAAGGGGCACAGAGUCCCCAGGAGCUGGAAACCCAGAACCGCCGGCUGCUGCCCGAUGCCUCGAACGCCCUGCACAUUCUGGACGGGCCGGAGCACCGCUACUUUCUGGGCCUCGUGGAUCUUGCUACAGUCUACGGGCUUCGCAAGCGGCUGGAGCACCUCUGGAAGACGUUGCGCUACCCAGGCCGGACCUUCUCCACCGUCAGCCCGGCUCACUACGCCCGUCGCCUCUGCCAGUGGGUGGAGGCCCACACCGAGUGACCAGACGCGGCCCCACUCUCCCCAUCAGCUUGGAAACACCGUCUGACGGCGGAGACGGCGGUUCGGGCUCCCCUCGCCUGCAGUUCUCCCACUGCCCUCCAGGGGGCAUCAUCCCCCAACUAAAUAGCGACACAGCCUCAUUCGCGUCGUGGUGUGCCCCACGCGGUGCCAGGGAUUCUCCCACGUUCACUCAUUUAACCCUCCAGAAGUGCUAUUAUUCUCUUCACAGACCAUGAAAUGGAGGCUCAGGGGAUGAAGGGACUGCGUAAGAACACUCAGCAAUAAAUGCUGGGACCGGGACUCAACUUUUGAACUCAAGAGCCUGUUUCUUACUCAGGCUCCUGCUGCUCUGUCCUCAUGCUCAGACAAUUGGGGGAGGUGAUGGCUCCAGUCCAGUCCCUUGUCAGAUGGGGAAACUGAGUCCCACAGACUCGAGGGGCAUAUACAAGACUCCUGCCUCCCUCAAGCAGGGUCCUCUGGCCUCUCCUGGGGGGUGGCUUCCUCAUGCCUGACCCUCUAGGGAUGCAGGGGGGAGAAGGUGAGGUGUUUUGGGACCCUGCCGCUCUGGGAUACACUAUGCUAGAAUCUACUAUUAAUCUCCAAUAAGCUCCACUGUCUCCUUGCAGUCGCCAGAGCUCCCAUCCGUGGAGUGGGGCCGGGGCUGGCACCAACCUGGUGGCCGUGGCCACUCAGGCAUCACUGCAGCAGCGACACACAGUGCCUGUGACCCCUCAUCAGUCCUUCCCCUCCUCGAGGAGACUGCAGCCACCUCUGGUCUCAGUCCAGUCUGAGCAUGCCCAAGGGGCCCGCUCUGGGGCCCGGCUGUGUGGCCAGGCACGGUGCUAGGCGCUGUGCUCAGUGGUCUGAUCUGUAAAAUGGAAAGGGUGAACAGGGGCAGCGUUAACUCAUUAGGUGUGUUGUGCACCUGCCGUGUGCUUCUGCUGGGCGGUGGGGACCCGGAGGUGGAGGAAGAUGCCGUCCUAGGACUCACAGUUGGGGUGAUGGUGACAGAGCCCCUCGGAGAAGCACAGAGCUAUGGAGCUCAAGGGAACACACCUAAUUAUUGAUGGAUUGGGGGUCUGUAGUCCUUAAACGGAGACCAGGAGAGUCAGACACUUCUCUGGAAGAGUCUCAGGCCAAGAGCACAGCAAAGGUCGAGAGAGAGAGCCCAGCCUUUGAGAGAAGGAAACACUUCUCUGUAGUGGGGGCUCAGUGUGGGAGGGGACAGUGUGUGGUUGGGAGGGUCAUGUGGCCAAGGGCUAACCCCCAGGACUGGAGGACUCCAGAUCUUGGGCGAGCUGCUCAACUGGAUCACUUUAUGGGCCUCUAGGCAAAAUGAAGAAAAAUGGCCAUGGGGCAGGGCUGGACUGUGUGUGGGUUCCUGGAAGAUUCAGAUGAAAAUAUAAAUAUUUA